UUGAACUAAAGAUAAGGUUUUAAACUUUGUUGUUCUUCAAGAUUUCAAUUUAAGUCAAUUUAUCGGUCAAACUGAAAAAAUGAUUCAAAAUUCAUUUACCAUUGAAGGUGUUUAUAUUGAGGGAGCCUAUACGGAAGAGUCUAUUCUUGCCACCAGAGAUUUCCAGGGACGAGAGCGGGACAUAUAUUUGACAACAUUUCCAAGAACGGGAACUACCUGGACUCAAAGUAUCCUGGUUGGGAUGGUCUACGGAUUAGAAGAAUUAAGCAAAACUGGGGUUGUCGAAAUGCGGACGACAUUUCCUAAUCUGGAACUUCAUUUCAUAGACGAAGGUUGCGGAUAUAAGUUGGCACACCAAAUAACCCGUACACCUCGAAUGAUGAAAAACCACCUACCACCCCACUUAGCACCUCGUGAAAUCUUUUCACACCUUCGAAAAAAUAUCUUAGUUGUGCGGAACCCUAAAGACACGGCAUUGAGUCACUUCAAUUUCUACAAAACUGAGCGGACUUUGAAAGGGUUUAUGAAAACUGAUAAUUUGGAGGAAUUCUUAAACUUGUUUCUUGAGGGAAAAGUGUUCUAUGGUAGCUGGUGGGAUUGGAACAAAGCGUGGAUCAAAAAGUACAGGGACUUCAACGAGAACAAUCUGCUGGUUCAUUAUGAGGAUCUAUAUCAGAACUUCGAGAAAACAGUCUCUGAAAUCGGCAACUUCUUAGACCUAACGCAUGCAGACCACCUCUACGUGCGAGAAUUAAGAAAGCUUACAUCUCUAGAUUCUAUGAAAGUGAGAUACGAGAAAAGCUCACCACUUGAGAAAGGCAUGGUAAACAAAGGUGAGCUAAAUGCGUGGAAGAGAAAAUUCACGGCGGAAAUGUCCGAGAAGUUUGACGAAAUGACAAGAAAAACUUUCCAGGAUGAUGAAAUUUUAGCCAAGUUCCUGUAAAGUAUCUGCAGUAUUAAACAACUUAGCUAUUUUAAAAAUUUGAUUAACAGAUUUAAAGCUAACACUUGAA